AUGAGGAGAGAACAUGAAUCAGAAUCUGAUGAUUCUGUAAGCGAAAUUCCCUCGGGAAGCAAGAAAACUAAAUAUUCGCAAAAGUUUAAUAAAACGUGGCUAAAUGAUCCCGAUUUCAAAGGAUGGUUAGAGCAAGAGGAAGAAAAUAGUGCCUACUGUAAAGCUUGCAAGAAAAAUAUAUCAGUCAAAACAACGGGAAAGCAGGCCCUAAGUUACUGACAGUUUUCUGGCCUUGAUACCCAUCCAAGGAGCUACAGCAGAUGAUCUUCACGAAAAAAUAGUCCGUUUUUUCGAUAACAAUGGGAUUCCCUGGCGAAAUAAUUUAAUCGGUUUUGCCUCGGAUGGUGCCAG